AUUUAUUAGGUAUUGAUAUUUACUAUUUGUAUUUGAAACUUGAGAACUGAGGGCUGACUACUUAAUUAUUAUCUAUAUAAUUUAUGGUAUUGCUGGGUAAUGUGUAUUCAAUAUAAAUGUUAACAUGGUAACAUUAUUAAUUGUUACUAUUAAAUUAUUUUAAAUGUAUCUGUGAAUUCUGAUGGAUAUACAUACCCAGUAUAGAUUAUAUUUUUAAUUUAUUUUUACACAUAAAUGUCAUAGUGUUUAAUUAUUAAAAAGGAAAAAAUCAUGGUCAAUUGGACUAUUUUAAUACUGGGAUUCUUUGCUCAGUUGAUAUUAUUACUUUCUAUUUUUGAUAUUUAUUUCAAAUCGCCAAUCAUCAGUGGUAUACCAGACCAGCAUGUUGAUUAUGCUCCACCGGCUGAUCGUCUAGUGCUAUUUGUCGGAGAUGGAUUACGUGCAGAUUCGUUUUACAACUAUGCCAAUGGAAAUAGCCUUUAUUUCAAAAAUUUAUUGAAAACCAGUGCUACGUAUGGUAUAUGUCGGACCCGAGUGCCAACUGAAUCACGUCCUGGGCAUGUAGCUCUUAUAGCGGGAUUUUAUGAAGACCCAUCAGCUAUUUUUAAAGGAUGGAAAGAUAAUGUGGUUGAAUUUGAUUCAGUAUUUAAUAAAAGUGAUACAACCAUUUCUUGGGGUAGUCCAGAUAUUGUUUCAAUGUUCAAAAAAGGAGCAACUGCGGGCAAUGUACAGACUUAUACCUAUGAUUCUGAACUACAAGAUUUUAGUGGCAAGAAUGGUUCUAGUAUAUUUUUGUCAAAAUGGGUAAUUGAUAAAGUUAAAUUGUUCUUUGAUGAGUCAAAAAAUGAUGAAAUGAUUCGAAGGAUGUUGAUGAAAAAAAAAUUAGUAUUAUUUUUACAUCUUUUGGGUACAGAUGUUUCUGGACAUAUUGACAAACCACAUUCAAAAGAAUAUUUAGAAAAUUUAAUUUAUAUCGAAAAAGGUAUUAAAGAAAUAGAACAGUUAAUAGAAUCUUACUAUAACGAUAACCGUACUGCAUAUAUAUUUACAUCUGACCAUGGUAUGACAGAUUGGGGCUCUCACGGAGAUGGCUCAGCUAGCGAAACUGAAGUGCCCAUAGUUACAUGGGGUGCUGGGUUAUCAUAUGCCAAAAAACUUUCAAACUCCUUGCCAGUGAAUAUUAAUCAAGCUGAUGUUGCACCACUUAUGGCUACUUUAAUUGGUGUACCUAUACCUGUACAUUCAGUUGGUAUUUUACCUUUACAUUUAUUUAACACUGACGCUAAAGAUCAAGCCAAAUAUCUUCUGGUUAAUGCACUACAAAUAAAUGCUGCAUUUUCUACAGCACGUGUAAAAAUUGAACAGCAAUUAUUUAAAUUAUUUUAUUCACCUUAUGAAUUACUCAGUACUAGUGUUCAGGAUAGAUAUCUUCAAGAUAUUACAAAAUUCAUCAACCUUUCAAAAACUGACGAAUGUGUGAAGCUAUGUUAUGAGUGGAUAAAUUUAAGUUUACAAGGAAUUCAUUACUAUAAUACAUAUUACAAAUUACCACUUCUUUUUUGUGUAACAUUUAUAAGCCUUGGUUGGAUUACUCUACUCAUACUUGAAACCAAUCCUAUUAAAAAGUGUCGAAAACUUAAUAGAUUGCAUAAGUUAUUAAUCAAUGGAACAUUUUUAACAGUUGCUAUAUGUUCUUCAGUUUUUAUUAGUGCCCAAUCUCUUCCAAUCCAAUUUUAUGUGUACACAUUUAUGCCAUUAAUACUGUGGUGCAUAUGUAUUACUAAGAUUUUACAGAUAUUUAAUCUAUCACGUAUAAGGCAAAUGAUAAUACAAGUUAAAGGUCUAGAAUUGUUUGAAAUAUUAUUCUAUUUGAUUGGUAUUGAACUAUUGGUGUGGACAUUUUUUGAACGUCGCAUACUAACUUUAGCUUUAGCUAUACUGUGCUUUUGGAUGACGUGCUGUUCGAUAGAAAAUGGAUUUUCACCCACUCAAAUAGUUCUAAUAUUUGUUUCUUCUGCAUUAUUUGCUUCUUUCCCUACAGUAAUUAUUAUUGAUGGCCAUGCAAAUAUAAUUUACGUUGUUUUAGGUGCAAUUAUUUUGUUAUUGGCAGGAGUACUGCACUACACAAACCAAAAUGGAGUACGUAAGAUAACUACAUUGUUACAAGUAUUAUUCUUAUCCAUAGCUAUUGCAAACGUUGUGAGUGUAUCAAGUAGUAUAGAAAAUAAACAAGGGUUGUCAUCAGUAAACAAAAUAGUUGCUUGGACAAUAUCAAUUUUAUCAAUGUUUUUGAUCCGAAAAACCUCAAAUCUUCUAUCUAACAAAACGUCAGUUCUUUUAUCAAUUGGUAUUCCUUAUAUUCAACUAUCAUUGAACUUGGAAGUAUUAUUCAUGCUUGUUCUAGUAAUAACAUUAUCGUGUUGGAGAAAAAUUGUGAUUCAAUCAAAAGACUCUAGUCAAACUUUAUGGACUCAAUGGAGACAUGCAUUCUUUUUUUUGUUAUUUAGCUUUGGAUCUUUUUUCGGCACUGGGAAUAUUGCAUCUAUCAACUCAUUUGAUCCAUCAAUUGGACGGUGUUUUGUCUCAGUAUUUUCCCCAUUUAUUAUUAUGGGAUUGGUUUUAUUCAAAAUACUUGCUCCUAUUUUAUUGACUUGUUGUACGUUCUACCUCACCAGUAUUAAAUUAAAGAUACCUCCAGUCAAUGUGUUUGUUCUAAUGUUAGCUAUGUCCAACAUAAUGGGUCUUCAUUUUUUAUUUCUAAUAAAAAAUACUGGCAGUUGGUUGGAUAUAGGGAUGUCAAUAUCUCAUUAUGUAGUUGUUCAAUCACUUGCAUUAUUUUUAUCCCUCAUGUAUGGACUGGCAGGAUUAUUAAUCGGUGUUGAAAAUAAAACCUCUGAAGGCAGUACUAAACAAAUAUUACCAACUACUACUAAAAAAUCAACGUAAAGAAUUAAAACUGGGAACAUGUUAUAUUACUUAUAUUAUUUUGUAUAAAACAAAAAUGAAUUUGAUUGUUUUUUUUAUAAAUUGCAUAAUAAUCACUGUUAUUAUAUUAUGAUCUCAUAACAUUAUUAUGAUCGAUAUUCACUAUGAACUUGGAUAUAAAGGAUACACGACAGCAGUUAUCAGUAAAAUGUAGUCCUUAUCCUAUAAAUAAAUAGUAUCUAUAUCUACAAAAAUGAAAAAUUAAUACAACUUUUUUAAAAUUAUUUGCCUUUCAUUAAUUAUUAGCUACAAACAUAAAAUCUGUAAAGGACAAAUCUUAUUAGAGUCUAAGAAAUAAUAUUUUAUCGAUAACUUAUGUUCCUUGUGUAUCCUAUAUAUUAUACUAGUUAGUUUUAUCAACAUAACAAAUGUUUUAUUUUGUAUUGUUUGCAAUAAAAAUAUAAAAUAAUUUUUGUCA